UGUUUUUGUCGUAUUUAAUUUAAAAAGGCAAGACAGUUGUUUCAACGAAAUCACAUAAAUGUAAAAUAUGAUAGCCUGCCGCGCGUGUAGUUUGGAAUCUAGCGAUUUUACCUCCAUAUAUAGUAAAAGGAACAAUAUUACUCUAGCGGAAAUGUUGCGCACAUUAGUACCGGUUCAGCUGCCCGAUCCAGCUGAUGGUAUAUUGAUGGUAAUGUGUGCCGAUUGUGUCGAUAAAGCCAUAAGUGCCUAUGCAUUCGUGCAGACAGUUAUCCGUGCAGACAGCUGGUGGACAACAAAGCAACCGGAAUGGCAUUCAAUCGACAAAACAAUUCCCGAGACGGUAGCGCUAGACACCGCCGAAAUGGAUGAGCAUUACAGUGACGAGGAGUACCUUCUCGAUGAUGAUGAUUAUCAAGAUGGCUCUGAAUACAAUGGAAGGAACGAUGGUCAUGCGGAUGAUGGAACAGGAUCGGAAUCUGAUACGACCUCCCUAACGCAAAGCGUUGGUUUAAAGCAUGUAAAGUACUUUCCAAAGCUUGCCGGUGGUGAUCGUACCUUUCGUUGCUGUGGUCGCAAAUGCUGGCUGACCUUUACGUCCCGGAAAGAACUAGAAAAGCAUGGAACAGCCGUACAUGGUGUGCACCAGCGAGCACUUGAAUGGGAUGACACAUUCCAGUACGAGUGUACCGUAUGUUUAACCCGUUUCACCCACCGAAAGAAUCUCUUGACCCAUCUCCGCCGUCUUGUGCGAGAUUACCAGUGUCCAGUGUGCAGGGUUUGCUUUGAGCGACCCCGAUUAAAAAUGACCCACAUGAAGCAGCUGCACCCUAACUACCUCCGCUUGGCCGCUAGAAAAUCGUACUCACUCGAGGCUCAACCAUUGAAAAUAUGCUGUGGUUGCGGGGAACAAUUCGAAACGAUCGAUGAGUUGAUGACACAUGGGAAACAGAAACACGCCCCACCACAUGGCCAGGAGCAGGACGGCUUACGGAUGGAUACCAACAUUCAGUGUACCAUAUGCUACAAACGAUUUAAGACACGGGCCAACCUUCAGAAUCACCGACGGUCGGUGUAUGUGGGGAAACCGUUCACCUGUGGGCAGUGCGGGGAAGCUUUUACUUACCUCUCCCGACUAGAGGCACACGAACAAGGGCACGCACUGGAGCGAAGUUUUGUGUGCGAAACAUGCGGUACCGCAUUCAAGACGAAGGCAGGCUUGAUCGCACACGGUGCCAUACACCGGGAAAAAACGUUCCAGUGUACGGAAUGUGACUACCGUAGUAGUAAAUCGUCUCAUCUGACCAGCCACAUGAGGCGGCAUAGCGAAAACAAACCAUUCCCGUGUCAGCAGUGCCCGAAGCAGUUUCGAACCAAAUCGAAUCUGGUCAGCCACAUGCAGUCACACGCGGGGGACAAGUCGUACCACUGCCGAUAUUGCGACCGACAGUACAAGUACGUAAGCGACCGGACAAAGCAUGAGCGUCAGCACACCGGCCUAUUUCCGUACGGUUGCAGCGAUUGCGGGAAGAAGUUUGUACGGCCAUGUCUACUAAAGGCGCACGUGCAGGCUUGCAAAAAGAGGUCGGAAUGAAUAUAUUUGUGUAAAAC